GCCAUCAAAUCAACAUGUCAUUUGUCAGCAACAGCAAGCGUGAAUGCGGUGAUCAAGUGCACGCCGUUUCGUUAUUUCUCAAUUCGAUAACAUUUUAACAACGAUAUCACUAGAAAAACAUUGAAUUAUGGCCGAUGUUGACGAUUUAUUCAAUUUGUUUGAUGCUGUUAAUGAUGAGGAAGAGAGCGGAAACGUUCCAAUUGUGAUCGAUGAUGUCGACAAGGAAAAAGAAUCUAAACCCGAGAAAGGGGAACCUACUUCUGCCGCUAAACGUGAGAGACAAGCUGUUUCCGACGAUGAAGAUGCCAUAAUCGAACCCACCAAGCGUUCUAAACAGGUGGAAUCAAUUUUGGAUGAUAUCAACUUAGACAAUAUUGAAUCCCGAAUCAAGGUGCAUACAAUACAGUCACCGGAAGCUUGCACACAUGAAGUAGCGGUAUAUCCCGAUCACAAAUAUCGACCGCUAGUACCACCAACGGGGAAGCCAGCCAAAGAGUAUCAAUUCGUUUUAGAUCCCUUUCAAAAAGAGGCAAUCCUAUGCAUUGAGAAUCAACAAUCUGUUUUAGUAUCGGCUCAUACUUCUGCAGGUAAAACAGUUGUGGCUGAAUACGCUAUCGCUAAAUCACUCUUGGAAAAGCAACGAGUUAUUUAUACCACACCGAUUAAAGCGUUGUCCAAUCAGAAGUACCGUGAAUUUCACGAGGAAUUUAAAGAUGUUGGACUUGUUACUGGAGAUGUGACGAUAAAUCCCUCCGCUUCUUGUCUAAUUAUGACGACAGAAAUUCUCCGAAAUAUGCUUUAUCGAGGGUCCGAAAUUAUGCGAGAGGUCGGCUGGGUUGUGUUCGACGAAAUUCAUUACAUGCGAGACAAAGAACGAGGAGUGGUUUGGGAAGAAACACUUAUUUUGCUGCCGGACAAUGUACACUAUGUAUUCCUCUCCGCUACGAUUCCUAAUGCUCGCCAAUUUGCCGAAUGGGUCUGCCACAUUCAUAAACAGCCAUGCCAUGUUGUGUACACUGAUUAUCGACCGACACCGCUACAGCAUUACCUUUUCCCGGUUGGUGGUGACGGAAUUCAUCUAGUGGUCAAUGAGAAGGGACAAUUCAAGGAGGAUAAUUUCAAUACCGCAAUGGCGGUAUUGCAGAACGCCGGAGAUGCUGCCAAGGGAGAUCAAAAGGGCCGCAAAGGAGGCCUCAAACCGACGAAUUCUGGCGAAACGAACAUUUUCAAGAUUGUUAAAAUGAUUAUGGAGAGGAAUUUUGCACCAGUUAUUAUAUUCUCAUUUAGUAAAAAGGAUUGCGAGAUUUUUGCGAUGCAAAUGUCUAAGUUAGAUUUCAACUCGACAACCGAGAAAAAGUUGGUUGACGAAGUAUUCAACAACGCAAUGGAUGUUUUGAGUGAGGAGGAUCGACAGUUGCCACAGGUUGAGAAUGUGCUGCCACUAUUACGUCGUGGUAUCGGUAUUCAUCACGGUGGUCUGUUACCCAUUUUAAAGGAAACUAUCGAAAUUUUGUUUGGAGAAGGUCUGAUUAAAGCACUUUUUGCAACGGAAACUUUCGCGAUGGGACUUAAUAUGCCGGCUAGAACGGUAUUGUUCACAGGACCACGCAAAUUCGAUGGUAAAGAUUUUCGCUGGGUAACUUCCGGUGAGUACAUUCAGAUGUCUGGUCGAGCCGGACGUAGAGGUUUGGACGAUAAAGGUAUCGUUAUACUGAUGAUUGACGAAGCUGUUUCGCCAGCAGUUGGCAAAGAAAUUGUCCAAGGUAAACCUGAUCCGAUAAAUUCGGCUUUUCACUUGACGUACAAUAUGGUGUUGAAUUUACUGAGAGUUGAGGAAAUCAACCCGGAGUAUAUGCUGGAGAGAUCAUUUUUCCAGUUCCAGAAUCAGUCUUCAAUCCCGGAAAUUUACAAAAAAGUUCAACAGAAACAGAAAGAGCUGGAUAAAGUUUACAUAAAAGACGAACAAUCGAUAGUGUCGUAUCAUCAUGUUCGUGAUCAGCUUGAUACUCUCGGCAAACAGUUCAGGGAAUAUAUUACCAGGCCAACCUAUCUCGUGCCGUUUUUGCAACCGGGUAGGAUGAUUAAAAUUCAGUCAGAUGCCGGCGAAUUCGAAUGGGGUAUCAUUGUAAAUUUCAAGAAAGAAACUGGUGAUGCUAAAACAAACCCUCUUAAAUCGGAAACAAAAGUUAUCAUCGAUGUUUUACUGCAUGUUGAUGAUGGAUUCGAGAAAGAAGGUGUUCCCAAACCUUGUCCCGAAGGUAAACGUGGAUCGGUAGAAGUUGUUCCAGUUCUGCAUACACUGGUCCACCGGAUAAGCUCUUUGCGAGUGUAUUACCCGAACGAUUUGCGCCCAGCCGACAAUCGACGUUCGGUUCUUAAAACAAUCAAUGAGGUCAAAAAACGAUUUCCUCAAGGACCUCCUCUUUUACAUCCGAUCAAUGAUAUGCACAUCAAAGAAAAGGAUUUCGAAACUAUUGUAGACAUGAUAGACAAAUUCGAAAAACGUUUAUAUUCACAUCCCUUGCAUGAGGCGCCUGAACUGGAUAAAUUGUAUUUAAAAUACAUGGAUAAGCUAGAGCUUGAACGUCAGUUGAAGCAAGAAAAACACGCUUUCCGCGAAGCAAAAAGUCUGCUUCAUAUGGAUGAACUGAAGCAUCGGAAGCGAGUUUUGCGUCGUUUGGGUUACUGCACGGCCGCAGACGUCAUCGAGUUCAAAGGUCGUGUUGCGUGCGAGCUCAGCUGUGCCGACGAACUUCUACUGACAGAAAUGAUAUUCAAUGGUACCUUCACAAAUCUUACCACAGCACAGGCGUGUUCACUGCUGUCUUGCUUUGUAUGUGACGAAAAGAGCUCGGAAGUUCCUGCGGCAACGGAGGAGCUUUCUGGUCCACUACGGCAGAUGCAGGACCUUGCUAGGAGGAUAGCAAAAGUGUCGAACGAAUGUAAAGUCGAACUGGACGAGGAACGGUACGUCGAAUCAUUCAAGCCCUUCCUCAUGGAUGUAGUGCUUGCGUGGUGCAAAGGAUCAUCGUUCUUACAGCUGUGUAAGAUGACAGAAAUUUUCGAAGGAUCUAUUAUUCGCUGUAUGCGACGCUUGGAAGAACUGCUUAGACAAAUGGUGCAAGCUUCAAAAACCAUUGGCAACACCGAUCUGGAAAAUAAGUUCUCCGAAGCAAUUCGGUUGCUGAAAAGAGACAUCGUAUUUGCUGCUUCGCUGUAUCUGUAGUAAUUUAAUUCUGAUAAUUACAUUUUUGUGUAGUUCAAAAAAUUAUUGCUUUUUUCAAUAAUAAUCCGAUGUAAUAUAAAACUGAUUGAA